UAUUGGUAAGACAACACUGGCUGAGAAAAUCAGAUAAAAGGCAAAAAAAGAAAGGUUGUUCCAUGAUGUUGUCAUGGUAAUUCUCAGUCAACAACCACACUUGAAAAAUAUUCAAGGUGAGAAAGCUGGAGGAGUCGGGCUGACAUUUCAAGAGGACGAUGAUUUGUUGAGUCGUGGAGAUCGGCUGCGUACAAGGUUAAUGGAUCAGAAUAACCGUGUCCUUGUAAUCUUGGAUGUUUGGAAGGCUCUUGAACUAGAGAAACUUGGAAUUCCCAACCACAACCAUCGGUGCAAAGUGACAUUCACAACGCGUUUACGAUCUGUUUGUGAAGCAAUGGGAGCUCAGAAGAUCAUGAAAGUUGGAACGUUAUCUGAAGAGGAAGAAUGGAUACUUUUCAGGCAGAAAGUUGGUGAUUUUGUCGACGAUUCUUCUCUUCAUGGCACAGCAAAAGAGGUUGCCAAAGAAUGCAAAGGGCUGCCGCUAGCAAUUAUUACAGUUGCAGGAGCACUAAAUAAGCAUAAAACCAAAUGUUCGUGGGACUGUGCCCUUGAACAAUUACAUGGUGUAGUAACAAUAAUUAUCCCUGAAGUGCUCACAGAGGUGUAUAAACCUUUGAGGCUAAGCUAUGAUUACUUGCGAAGUAAUGAAGCCAAGUGCCUCUUUUUGCUUUGUUCCUUGUUCGAGGAAAAUAGUGAUAUCCAUCCUGAAGAAUUACUUAGAUAUGGAAGGGGGCUUCGCAUCUUUCCGGAAAUUGGAAAUUUAGAACAUGCAAGAAAUAUGGUGUGUUAUCUGUUAGAAACAUUUAAAGAUGGUUUCUUGUUAUCCCAAGGUACAUACAAAAACUGUCAAAAUGCAUGAUGUGGUCCGUGAUGUAGCUAUAAGUAUUGCAUCUGAGGGAGAGCAUAACUUUAUGGAAAGUCACCAUGUGAACUUUGAAGAGUUCCCAAGAAGAACUUCUUAUGAGCAUUUCAGUCACAUGUCAAUUGUUGCAAAUAAAUUUGAUGAACUUCCUAGCCCAAUAGUUUGCCCAAAACUGAAGCUUCUAAUGUUAAAACACUAUUUUAAAGAGUCAUUCACAUUACAGGAUAAUUUUUUUGAAUGUAUGAGUGAACUCAAUGUCUUAAGCUUUAGGAUAGACAAUUAUUAUGCCUCUCCAUUGUACCUUUUCCAACAUCCAUUCAGAGAUUGUCAAGUCUGAGGAUGCUGUGCCUGAGUAA